AUGAGUAAAAUUUUCAACUUAUUACGUAAACUACUCACCAAACUAAAUGAGUUAAAUGAACCAAUCAAUUCAAGCAAAUUAUUUGACGCAUUAAAAACAAUAGAAAAUUGUACCCGUUGUAAAGAAUUUCCACAAGGAAUUUAUUUUGAUUUACUUUAUGUACCAUUAAAUAAACUAGAAAAGGUCUCAGAAGAAUUAGAUAAGGAAGAAAAUGAAAAUAGGAGAGCAGAAAUAAUCCAUCAAUUAG